GAAACCGCCAAGAACUUCUCAACUCCUCUGUGAUCUCUCUCUACUCUCUAUGGCUCUGUUGCAGAGAGCAGGAUCGCGACUGGCGUUAAUAGCGUCGGCCAGGUCGUCGCCGUCGUUCCAAAUAACGGCGACCUCCUCGCCGUACUCAACCGCCGCUUCUUCAUCGCCGGCGCCGUACGAGGGAACGAGUCCUCCGACGACGCGGAGGCCGACGGGGCUGUCGAAGGGGGCGGAAUAUGUGAUAUCGAAGGUGGACGACCUGGUGAAUUGGGCCCGGAAGGGGUCCCUCUGGCCCAUGACGUUUGGCCUGGCUUGCUGCGCGGUGGAGAUGAUGCACACAGGAGCGUCCAGAUACGACUUGGACCGGUUCGGUAUCAUCUUCAGGCCCAGCCCAAGGCAGUCCGACGUCAUGAUCGUUGCCGGCACUCUCACCAACAAGAUGGCUCCAGCUCUACGAAGGGUUUAUGAUCAAAUGCCAGAGCCACGUUGGGUGAUAUCAAUGGGAAGUUGCGCAAAUGGAGGAGGGUAUUAUCAUUACUCAUACUCUGUAGUGAGAGGAUGUGAUAGAAUUGUCCCUGUUGACAUUUAUGUCCCUGGUUGUCCUCCCACGGCUGAGGCUUUACUCUACGGGAUUCUUCAGCUCCAGAAGAAGAUUAAUAGGAGGAGGGACUUUCUCCAUUGGUGGACCACGUGAAGAUCCUCCUUUGUGUAACAUAUCUCUCAAGAGUUUUAAGGUUGUGUGGAAGUAUAGUAAAAGGUGAAAUCUUUUCUACUGUGUUGUAUAGUAAAAGGUCGAUUUCUUUUAUGAAUUGUCGGUUUUGUUUGUUUGUUUUUCUUCUUGCAUGAUAAAUGAUAAUAUUGGAAAUAAUACGAUAGAUUCUACUUUCAA